AUGCUUAAAACGUGCGCGAAACAUUUAACAAACAAUUAUGGCGCAUUGCGCUGUCUUUCGAUGCAACCAUCGCAUAUGAAUAUUUUCGAUAGAAAUGCGAAGCGACUGCAAAAGGAAAGAGCGGCACUUAACACAGAUGUGGCGCUCUAUGAUUAUCUUAAGGAGGAGGUGGGCUUCCGUUUAUCGGAUCGUGUGUUUGACAUAAAGCGCGAAUUCAAAACCGCAGCCGACAUUGGCUGCAAUCGUGGUUAUAUAUCGAAGCACAUCCUCGCCGAGUGCGUGGAGCACCUGACUUUAACUGACACAAGUGCCUCAAUGCUAGAACAGGCGCAGGGCACACCGGGCCUAAAAAUGAGCAAAUUGGUGCAAGACGAGGAGCAACUGGAUUUUGAAGAAAACUCCAUGGACUUGAUUAUAUCCAGCUUAAGUCUGCACUGGGUCAACGAUUUGCCCGGCUGCUUUACGCGUAUUAAACGUAGCCUAAAGCCGGAUGGCGUGUUUAUUGCAUCGCUAUUUGGCGGUGACACGUUGUACGAACUGCGUUCCUCGUUGCAGUUGGCGGAGCUGGAGAGGAGGGGCGGAAUCGCCCCUCACGUUUCACCCUUUACUCAAAUCCGUGAUAUUGGUUCGUUGCUCAAUCGAGCAGGCUUUACGAUGUUAACCAUAGAUACGGACGAGAUAGUUAUUGGCUACCCUAGCAUGUUUGAGCUGAUGUGGGAUCUUAAGGGUAUGGCCGAGAACAAUGCCGCCUUCAAUAGACCCGCCCAUCUAAGUCGCGAAACGUUAAUAGCAGCGAGUGCCAUCUACAAGGAGCUCUACGGAAAACCGAACGAGGAAGGCGUCCCAGCGACAUUUCAAAUCAUCUACCUGGUGGGCUGGAAGCCGGGGCCCAAUCAGCCACAGCCGCUGCCCCGAGGCACAGCUGACGUAUCCCUUAAGGAUCUGGGAAAUAUUUUCGAAAAGGGCGGAAAAAUUAAAGUAGAUGCCGAGUCUUAAGCCUAUGAAUAUUUGCCAAAAGUUGCUAAAUAAAUAAAAGUUAUGUUUGAAACGCACUUCAAAAAUUUAAUUUACAAUG